CGGACGGGCCUCGUCGCCGGGGCGAAACUCUCUCGCGUGCACGCGUCCGCCGUGACGGAAAAAUGACGGGCACCGGCUCGCGCGACUCUAUCGUGUGACGGCACGCUUGGUGACGCGCGUUAUGUAAACGUCCUGCUCCCGGGACCAGGCUGUUCAUCGUCCGCGCUAGCAUGAGCAUUUCCCAGGACAGCGCGGCCACGAUCGUCUGCAGGGAGGUCUUCGACGAGACGUCGCAUCCGUCGAACGAAGAGGUGCUCCAGUAUGCCAGACGCCUGGGAAUCGACCCCGAUGCGGAACCGCACCUUAUGGACUUGGCCCGGGAGGGCCUCAUGGCGGCUCUGCCGAAGGGUUGGCGGCCGUGCUUCCACGAGGCGACUGGGGCUUGGUAUUAUUACCAGGCUUCCACCGGAACCACAACCUGGGAGCACCCGCUGGACGCCGUGUACAAGGAGAUGGUCGAACAGGCCAGGGCAGGGAACAACACCAGGCAAAUGAGCGUCGAGGAGGAUUCAAAGACAACCGCCAAGGACCUAGAAUCACACGAGGAGGCGACGUUGCCCAAGGAGACCUCUUCGUCGAAGGACACGGCAAAACUCUCUACAAAGAUUACUUCACAACCGACCAGGAUCCCCACGAAACUUACACCCCUGAAGAAACUAGACAAGUCUGAUGGAGCACGGAGAAAGGAGAGCCCGAAUCAGGAAAAGCAGCCAAAGUUCCAUGACGACCAGAAGCCGGACACUCCUCUGUCGAGUGACAGAGUAGGCAGAGACUACACGAACCUGAAGUUCCAGGAUCCGAAGUUUUACGAGUGUCCAAAGCUCUUGGAAAUUGUGGCCUCCACGUUUUCAGCGACGACAGACGGUACCCUGCCUAUAAAGGAGCUAGACCUGAAAGAAGUCCUCAAAAGAUCAGAAUCACUUAGCCCCAGAAACGAGAAGUGGGAGCAGCUCUCCUGCAAGUUCAGCUCCGAGGAGAGUGUCAUAGACAUCGAUAAAUUGAGCGCAUCUACGUUGUUCAAGUCAGAGAAACCUGACAAGUUCGACAAGGAAAAACAUCCCAGCCAGUUCGGUCAGCAGAAGGAACUCACGCUCAGCGGUGGUGGGACUAUGUUUCUGAAAAGCAACAGGAGCAGAGAUACUACGCCCAGUCAGGAGGCCGGGAAGCUCGAUGACUUUCGAUCUGUCGCGAUCGCUGACGGGAGCGCCACGGUUGGAGGAGAGAGAUUGAAGUCGAUUCUCAGGGAAAAGCAGCCAGAAGAUGACGACAGGCCAGUGGAGGAAGAGCGCAAGAGCGUUCGCUUCGACAUAGAGAGAGAAGUGGACAUCAAGUUCACCUAUUCAGGAUCUGUGGAGGAAUGGGAGUCCGAGUCAGAGGAGCAGGACGUACGAAUAUCCGCUGUGAUUUCGAAUAAGAUCACCGGUAUGAUUCUGUCCUCUCAGAGAUCGAAUUCCCAGAGCUUCGACGACGAGAACAGAGACGAUUCCGAGAGCAAGGUCGAGGAAGACACUCGCAGGAGCUCGUCGUCCGAUAAGGUCGAGCCUCUAGGUAAAAAUUCUAAAGUCGUCGGCAAGAGGUUCGUCGUCCAAAACGUCUCCGAGAAUGAGCACCGUAGCCAGAUGGCGAGAGAGAGUUCGUCGCGAGAGAGUGUAUCGAGAGAGAGUAGCCUGGACUUUGUGCCGAACAAGUUCGAUAAGGUGAAAAAUAUCGAUCUUGUCUCGAAAAGCGAGACUGACUGCAGCGUGCCGAGGAGCAGUGACUCCGACGAGUUCAGGAAGAGCAAGAUAAAAACGGACAAGCCGAGGAAAUCGGCGAUAAGAUUCUCGAAGGAGAGGCAAACGGAUGACGACGACACCUCCGAUUUCUCGAGAGUCAAUCAGGAGGAGGAUUCUUCACGAAAGGACAGCGGUGAGAUCAGGAGUUUCGACGAGGUCAGGUCGAAGUUGGGCAAGGAUCACCAGACCGACAUUGACUUGCUGAAGAAGGAGUUCGAAGACAAGCUAAAGGAGACGAGGAUGGAACUGGAGGAGAACUACGUGGAGCAGAAGAAGCUGUUGCAGAGGAACCUGACCGACAGAUUGGAGGAGCUAAAACGUGAGAUGGCUGAGAAGGAAGAACGGGAGAUCGAGAGGUUGAUCGCCGAAAUGGACGUGGCAAGGCUGGAGAGUCUGAAAAAAGUGAAGGCUGAAUUAGAGGUCUGUUACGAGAAGGAAAGACAAGAGAUUCUGGCCAACCUGAAGACAGAGCUCGACGAAAGGAGGAGGGAACUGCUGGAAUUGAGGAACCAGGAGCUGGGAAAGCUGGAGGACGAACACGAACGUGACCUGGGCGAGGAGAAGCUUGCUAAACUAAACGAAAUAGAACUGACCAGACAGCAUACGGAGAAAAUCGAGGGGAUGAAGAAAGAAUUGGAGAAAGAGUUCGAGGAUUUACGCACCGAGCUGAUGAUGCAGCAAAGGGAGAAAAUAACGAAAAUCACGGAGGAUCACGAGAAGUGUCUAGCUGAUAUUCUGCAUAAUUUUCGAAUCGACGAGGCUCUCACGCGGAAGAUGCACAAGCAACGUUUAGAGGAUAUCCGUGCUGACUUCACGCGGGACGCGGAGAAAGAGGCGCGGAAGCAGUCGGAGCAACGAUCGGUGCAGCAGGAGACCGUCGACAUCGAGAAAAUGAGAUCGGAGAAUCGACUGCUGCAGGACAAGUACACGGUAUUGAAGGAGAAGUACAGGAAGCUGAAGAACGACGUUCGUCUCGCUGUCGAGAGGAGGAGCUGGAGGAAGAUGGGAUACACAUCGGCCUCUGAGACCGAGAAGUCGACGUCCACGAGGACGAGAACCGAUAGGACCGAGUCGUCGGAACAAAAUACCCCGGUGAGGAACACGCGCUCGAGCUCCGCGACGAGAAACGCGAAGCCGCAGGAUUCUCAUCCUGCGAUCGAACAGCCCGAGGAACAACCGGAGCCGGAACUCUCGAACGCCCAGAGGGCCACCACUGGGCUCCAGAAGACGGUAACCGCCCCAGCCGCUGCGUCUAUGUCGAAGACCGCCGCGAGAUUCGAGUCCGACGACACGACCACCGCCAGCGAGACGAACGCUAACAUGAUGAUGAUAAAGAAGAAGAAAGCAUUCAGCAAGAGAACGGGGAGCACGGCGAGACCCGGUUCGAACGUAUCGAACAACAAUAAUCCCGACAAUCCGGUCGAGAACAUCAGGAAGCAGCUAGAGAAGCUGGAAGACCUCGGGGAUCAGCUUCCCACCAAUGAAUCGGCCUACACGUUGCGAUAUCCUUUCCAAGACAAAGCGCCGGCGAACGCCUCCUCGGAGCUGGAGUUCUUCCGGCACCGGAUCCACGUCGAAAGGGACUCCGUGAGGAGGGCCCAGGAGGCGCUCCGGCACCAGGAGAACGCUUUUCAGGGCCGACAACGGGCUUGGCAGCAGCGAAGCGCACGGGCGACCCUGGAACAACUGGUUCAGGAAGAACGCGAACUCUCGGAUAUGGAGGUGAGCCUACAUCGCACCAAGAGUCUCUUAGGGGAGAAAGUUAUACACCUGAGACAACUAGAGCAAACACUGGAGAGAGUGGCGAGCGCAAAACGGAACGAGAACGACGCGGCUUCUACGCGAAACGACGAAUUAACAUUGAGCGAUAUGUCUAGCGCCAGCAGUGGCUUCAGCUCCACUGACCUGGGAACGGACACGUUUAUAGACAAACCGGAUCACUACCAGGAGUCGACGGAAAUCAUCGCAAGCCUGGAAAACCUAAACUCGGAGAUACGUGAGAUUUGGGGCGUGCUGAACAAACGGCAGGACAGUAACGUGCCGCCGCCGCCAACAUUGAUGUACUCUUAUUUGCGAUGGCUGCGAUACCACCAUCUCGCCGCGCAACCGAACAACGUGCAAGGAACGUUUGGUACCCCGAACAUACAGUCAAACAUCCUGUCCCAGCUGACAGCCGCGCAACCACCCCCCACCACCACGCAGAACAUCAUCGCCCAAUACGGACCUAACAGCGGUUUCACGACCAGCGUGGGGACCGUCGAGAAAGCCACCUCGAAUCUGAUGGAGAGAACGUGGAAUCUGAGGGAUUGGCUGCGUCAAGCUCGUGUCGAAAACACUGACCUGAUCAGUCCGGGUCAGGCGACCCUCUGA